CUGUCAAGAGGGAGAGAUUGCAAGCUUCUGAGCUGACUGCAAGCAGCGCACGGCGUGACACCGACGCGCUCGCCGUGUCCGGGCAGGCGUAAAGUGCAUACAUACAGCGCCGCGGUGGCUUGCGUUUUUUGUGCAGCGCUGGCGGCAUGCGGGGAUUGGCUGAUGGCCGAUGCUGCCGUCGAUGCAGGCUAGCGUCCUCCCGACACCAGCGUGCGAGCCCCCAUGGCCCAUACUCUCGCUCGCCGGAUCCGAUCUCUAACCAGCGUCCUCAGCCUCUCGCUCAUCCUCCUCCUCCUCUUCUCCUUCACCCUCCUUCCCCCCCCCUCUCCGCCGCCACCCACCCGUCGGCUCAACAGCGGUCCAGUGAACGGGCAGUACACUCGACCCCUCACCCACGUGCUCCUGACUUUUCUGGCUUCAGCCCGAUAAGACAGAAUUGACCUCCGAGCAUCACUGCUUCAAGGAGGCAAUAAGCAUUUACAAGGUGAGCAUAGGCGGUCGCGGCGCAAUAAAAUAAAGGUCGCGUGC